GCGCACUAAUGUCAAACGACCGUAUUAGUGAAUUGCACAAGGUUACAGGUGAUCUGCAUGCUCUACUGUUUAGUCCGAUGACCAGUCUUUCCACAACUUCUGAGUGUAAAUCUCGUCAUCAUGACAUAUUCUUACAGUCUUACAAGUAGUUAGAGGCACUCGCCUGACGGGGGUCUCACCUUCCGUGAAGGUAACAUUGCACAAUAUCAUUAAGGCCGUAAAUGAGUCCAUUCCACUGUCGUUCGGGUUAUUUGUACAUUUCUUGACAAUGAAAACAAUACUAAUAAAGCUCCCAUUAGCAAGCAAGUGGGUUCUAAAGUUAUUAAUGAUAACUUCUAUGGCACUAACUAAAUUCCACCCUACGCGCGAGUAGUGACUGUAUAGUUGUUUUAGUAACGUCAUAUCCUGUAGAAGCCAGUUACUUCUUACCUCACAAUCCAUCAGUUUCAAAACCAUUUUCCCGUUUCAUCAGUAUCAGCCCAUUUACUGUAAAAGCAAAAGAUGAUGACUGGUUGAAAGUGAUGGGAUGUUUUAUUAUGUGGGUGCGUGGGUGAGUUGAAGGGAUCGGAAGAGGUGUACAUUAUUCGCCUUGAGGAGAAGCACCCCUUCAUCGGUUGAAAAGAGUCAUGUUGGUGGGGAGUGGUCAUUAUUUGUUGGUAUCGACGCGACCAUUUCAUAGACAUUUGUAAACCAGCAAAGUGCAGUUCCUACCCAAGGAGCCAUCGUUGCAGGGAAAGUUGCACGCCCUCUCUUGGUGCAGCCGCUCCAGGACUCAUUGGUGAUAUCAAAAUCACCACUCGUCACUAUCCUGAUCUCAUUCACUCCUCGCCACAUUUUUAUUGUAAAUAAUAAUUAUCACAUCCUCAUCCUCUAUCUAAAUCGAAGCACUGAAAAAAUUGUGUUGUAAAUUACACUUAUUUAAGCAGCAAUGUAUAGCUCCUAAAAAUAGCUGCCAUCAUCGUUAUCACAGUAUUUUUAAUUUAUAUGCUACGAUCCUGUUUAAAAGCAGAACUUGUCUUUUCUGUAUAAAUACACCCUUCCCUGAGUUUUUAGAUUGUUUUUAAAAUCAGUAGCCAGGUAUCAAAUUUUCUAUGUUCGUGAGUUUCUUUUUCUUUCUUUUUUUGGUGGGGGGAUUUCCCUCCCCCUUUUUUUAUAACUUAAAAUUAAACUUAAGUAUGAGUCUGAGAUCUAUUCGAUUGGGGACGAACCGUCGAGACCAAGAGGUGAGAGGAAGGCGCUUUCGGGUAAGGAUUGUUUCUUUUCCUUCCAAAAGCGUGUCAUAGACAUCCCAAACUUUGGCCUCAUCCCUCAGAAAUGCCAUGAAAGGUUACUUAUAGAAUUUCCCAAAUUCCCCUCCCCCAUUUUUUUUGGGACCCCUCCACUGAAAGAGUUGUUCAGAAUCAAACCUUGACUUGAUAGUUAUAUUGCGUCUCAAAAUGUUAGUAAAACUUCUACUCGCACGUUGCGUCUAUACGCGCGAGGCGUGGAACAACAAAUAGUGCGCGCGAAGAAGCAGUUUUCAUCAGUUUGGUCCGGUUGAUAUCAAAGAUUGUGCGCGGCGCUAUACAAUCUUUGGUUGAUAUCAACACUCAUUGGAGCUUCCUCUAAAGCGAAAUAAAAAGAUAAACUGCUGUCUCGGGGAAACAAUGUUCGUUAGGAGGUGGUUGCACAAGAGGCGAGUCCGAGAUAAACGGCCUGGCGGACGUAAAGCAGACGAGGCUCCCACUGCCGAGCGGGGCAGCAGUGCCAAGCCAACGGGGGAGCAAACGGCAGGCAUAAUCAGCGCUAGAAGCUUACCUCAACCUUCUGGCCCCGUGGCAGACGCAGAUGCAGUUACGAAUUCUACUUCAAAUCGCUGUGUCGUUCAACCAACGCCAAGACAACGAUCAAACCUUUGCAAUCUUCCAGACGAGCUGCUUCUUCGCAUCGUCUCGUUCAUCUACCCCCUGGACAAGACUUUCAUGUGCCUCAAGUUGACUUGCAAGCGGCUACACGCCAUCACCGAAGAUCCUACACUCUACCAGCUUACAACUCUCACAGUACCUUCAAGGUGUUUAUUUUCCUUUGCUGUCUUACAACGUGUACUUGAUGUCUCAGGUGAAGCGUUGAUCGGUUUGGACCUGUCCGGAUGCGAGGAUAUCACAAAUUAUACGCUGUUCCGGAUUGCGGCCCAUUGUGGAAAAUUGAAGCGACUUAGCUUAUCUAGGUGUAAGCAGAUAACUAACGGUGGGCUGAAGGUGAUCGGUAGCUAUCUGACGCAGCUACAGGAAUUGGAUGUCAGCUUCUGCCCCUUCAUCACAUGCGCAGGCGUGGUCCAUCUCUUUAAGAUGAUUGGUAGGACUCUGGUGACGAUCAAUCUCAAUGACUGUCUGGGAUUCAGGGAAGAUCCGCACCGGCUGGUCUCGCUGGCGUUCUUCUGCAGUUCCCUCAGACACCUGUCCGUGGGUUGGUCCCGGGACCUAGUCAAGCUGAAUCCUCUUCUGGACAUGGAUCUGGACAGGCUGACACAAGGCUGCACGCAAUUGGAGUACCUGGAUGUUAGCCACAGCCAUUCGACCAACGGUAGCAUGCAGAGCAUUGCUCGCAACUGUCCCGUGUUGACCACGCUCAUAGCAAGGCAGUGCUUCCUGCAGGAUACAGGUCUAGAACACAUUGGCCAAGGGAUGAAUAAAUUAGAGUGGUUAGACCUAACGGACUGCUGGUACGUAACGGACGCGGGGUUGGGAAGCGUGGCCAGUGGCUGUCCUCGCCUUCGUGUCGUCAUCCUGACACGCUGUCACGAGAUUCGAGGAACCGGGGUGGUGAAAGUCGCCGCUGGCUGCCUCCAACUGGAGAAAUUUGUUCUGAAGCAAUGCUUCCGGGUGGACGACCAUGCAAUCGAGUGCCUGGGCUUGAGCGCCCAAAGACUCCGCCACCUCGAUCUCAGCUGCAACCAGAACGUCACAGUUGAGACGGUGAGGAAAAUACGAGAGGCUCGGGGAGGAGGUCUUAGCAUCGUAACAGAUGGGUGUCCCAGGGUGCCGAGAGGGGGCGCCGCAUCACGAUUCCUUUUCUCCAAGAAUGACUCGAACUGCUUGAUGGUUUGGGAAACGGCAGUCUGAAAAAAGUUUGAUCUGGACUUUUGAAC